AUGGCCAUCGCACGUCAAACCCUCUCCUCCUUCAGACGCGUCCCGACAGUCGCAUCUGCGCUUCGAUACCAACCUGUGCUGAGCCCAUACAACUCUAUCCGCAUGAACUCAGGCAAAGUCAAGACACCAGUGUCCUCCGAUCCUGACCAUGGCAAGAACAAUCCACCAGUCGCCGAUCACUCCGACGGAGCCAUGGCCUCGCUGAAGGGCGCACCGGGGAAACGCGACGCGAGCUCGUUCGAGGAUAAGAACAUGACAGAGAAGGAGAAGAAAACCAACAGUCAGAAUGCUCAAGAGCAUGAUAGCAGGGAGGGAAGCAAUGGCGAGGCAGGCCAUUUUGAGAAGUCGGGCAGGAAACCCAAGAUGUAG